CCCUAGUUGGUCAUACCAUCGCCAACUUUAGAAUCGUUCAUGUCCGUCUUCUAUAUAACUGCUCCACCCCAGCUUCACAUCGGAAAAUGUACUCUUUCUUCUUCAUCAAGCUUCGAUUCAUUCUUUGAUAUCCAAUUCAUUCGUCCACCUUACACACUUUUCAAGGAAUUUGAACUCGUUGCUUGACUCCAACUCUGUUCUUAUCCGUCAUCAUGUACACCAAAGCUGCCCUCAUCUCGGCUAUCUUAGCCGUCGCCGAAGCCCGCUUCAGCCAGGAGCAAAUCCCCGUCUCCGAUGUGUCGGCGCUGAGCAACUUUGGUAACCCCGGAGAGGCGGCAACUCUUGCUGGUUCGGUCCCUGGUGUGCUGCUCGCCGCUGCCAAUCCAUGCGACAAGCUCACGCUAGCUGAUAAGAUCGUCUCGACCCUGGGCAACGAUCCUCAGGUCAUUGCUGCGGCACAGAACCUUGUCGCUGCCGAGCAGAACUUCAACCCUUUCGCCGUCAGUGUUCCCAAUAUCUGCGGCGAUGCUAGCCUUCCCGCUACACAAGAACUCCGUGGUAUUGUUCCUCUGGUCGAUCCUGCCGUCACUGGCUCCGACGUUGAGAAUGCCAACUCGGAAACCUCGCUACAGUCUCCUUUCGACUCCAACGGCCUUAGCGUGGCCGACAUCAUGACCGCGCAGGGUUUCAGCAACUUCACAGUAAAUGGAGCCGCUGCUAGUGGAAAUGCCAACGCCGGCAACAAUAACAAUAAUAACAACAAUAACAACAGUGGCAACACAUCCGGUGCUAGCAGUUCUGCAACUAGUGCCGCCUCAGCAACUGCUUCCGCUACCAAGUGCAGUGGCAAGGCGAAGAGCACUACCACUGCCGCUGCCGCCGCCACUUCAUCUGCUGCUUCCAACAACAACAACAAUAACAACGCUGGUAACACUUCCAACAACGGCAACGCCAACAAUAACAACAGCGGUUCAUCGGCCCAAGCAGGAGCCGGUGCUGUUACCGAUGCCGUCACCGGAACGUUCCCGGGCUUCCAGGCCAGCAGCCUUGGUCUCGAUUUCGGUACCUGCACACCCACCGUCAAGUUUGAAGAGUCCCUCAACGGCCGCAAGCCGGGCGAGUUCACUUUCCAGGCUCAAGACCCCGUUGUGAACAAGGGUCAGCAAGAAGCUCUCAACCCAAACAUCAUCUUUAACAGGAUCUGCGAUCAGCUAGGAAACGUAUGCGGUGCUGCGGAUGACGCGAUCGCGGCAUGCAAGCAAGCGCAGGCUGACCUAGGAUCGGGUGCGAAGGACGCUUCAACGGCGGAUGCUUGGAACGAGGCUUUGGGUUUCGCGGGUGUUGAUAUCAACCCCGAUAACGCUCCCCAGACCGGUCUCGUCGGCCACACAUAAUCUAUCUUCUAACGGAGAUGGUUGUCGAGCGGGUGGGUUCUAGUUGACUAGUUGUGACCAUGCACAACGAAGGGCGUUCGGGGAAUAACGUGUUAUGACGUGUUAAGGACUUAUGUUGUAUCUAUACAUUCAAUAAAUAUGUGUAUA